AUGUUCGCACGGUUUGGCGUGCCUGACGUUGUUCGGUCGGACAACGGCCCUCAAUUCGCAUCAGGAGAAUUUCAGCGGUUUCUGUCGACGCAAGGAAUCAAGCACGUCACGUCGAGCCCACAUUUUCCGCAAAGCAAUGGACAGGCCGAACGCACGGUCCAGACGGCGAAGGCCCUUUUGAAAAAGGAACUGGACGUCAACAGCGCCCUCCUAGCACACCGGACGACACCCGGAAGCUGUGGGUACGCGCCGGCCGAACUCCUGAUGGGAAGACGACUCCAAUCGAACGUCCCUGUGAACCCGAAAUCCCUCAUCCCUUCGUGGCCAUAUCUCCACACAUACCGAAGACGGUAUCGGAAACAACAGGUCGCAAGGGCAACUGUGUAUAACUCGCGACACCGGGUGGCGGAGCGUCCAGAGCUGCGGAGCGGUACAAGGGUCCGCAUCCUGGCGGGCGCCGGAGCACAUGGGACGAUUCUUCGACAAGCAGGAACCCCGAGGUCGUAUGUUGUGGGAAUGGAGGGUGGCCCCACAAGGCGAACCACGAGACACCUACAGGAGUCGUUUUCAACCGCAGCCGGGCAGAAACAGCCGACGACAGUCGGCAAACCUCCAACAGCGCCAACACAACAGGACCAAGGCGUGGUCAAGACACGGGCUGGCCGUGUGGUUAAGAAGCCAGACAGAUACGGCUAUUGUACAUAG